CUUGAGAAUUCUAAUAAAACUACCAGUGUGAACUUGAAAGUAUACAUCUUACAGAUGAUAAGUUUCUACGCUAAUCUUUAAUCUUUUUACUUGUAACUCAAUUAUAGCUAUGUACAGAGGACUAAUCUAAUAUGGAACCGUUCUUGUUCAAUCAUUUGAGUUUUAUAUGAUACCAAUCAUCAUUAGAAAUUAUUAUAAGAAUAAACUGAAAUAAUAGGAAUAAAGUACAAAUAGUUGAAAUAAUCUUAGUUGAAUGGUUUGAUUGAUUAGCUUGACUAUAAUUAAUCUUUAGUUAGGCAGUAUUAAGAUUGAAACACACUUUCUUUGAAUUAUAAUGUAUAUGACUGAUAGCAUACUGUCACAGUUUUAAGACAAAGAAUACAAAUGAUUAGUCAAAAUCUAUGUUCUUUUAUAAUUUUGACUACAUAAAAUAAUUUCUGUCUUUUUAUUCAGAUCUUAUUCCAUUCUUUAAAGAAUUUUUUUCUCAUAAAAAAAAACUUAUUUCAAAUCGCUUUCUCGAGAAAAAUAAAUUACUAAUAUCUCCAACAUUGCUAUAUUCAUUAGUUGAUAGUCCAUCAAAUACAAAUGACCUAAAUUUUCAUCUUCUAUCUAAAUUCAAUUUUUUCUUCUAGCAUCUUCACAUACAUCAUCAUCGAAUCCCAAAACUCACGACACACCAACAACUUCUUCAUUAAAACCACUGUUACUUUGGAUUGAUACACCUGACAACGAUCUAAAAACAGCUAAUGAAGUUGAAAAACGUCAUCCAACAUUAGAAAUCAUCUUUAAAUCAACAUGUAAAGAUGUUGAAGAAUAUUUAAAAAUGAAUUUACGUGACAUCAAUAGACGAGAAAAAUUUAUUACUAUAUGUCGAGGUUUUUAUGUACACGAAAACAAAGGUUUUACUGAUAUUGUUCAACUUUUUCAGAAUCUUAAUCUUGGUGCAAGCCCUCUUGGAGUUUAUACAAAAAAUACAACAGCUUUGUUAAAACGAACACCAGAUCUUCCGAGGGGCGUUGAAAUUUUUGAUCAACCAAAUGCUUUACUUGAUUUUAUUAAGCGUCAUUUAAAAGAAUAA